CCGAAAUAUUCCCAGCGGUAUAGAAUCAGCAUGCUUUCUUAUAAGAUUCUCUGCGACUGUUUUCGUAUAAACAUAAGUAUUUGGCCAUAUUCCGAGUAAUCUACAAUCAAAGAAUUGUGUCGAUUUGGAAGAGUAGAAAUGAUGAAACCGCUGUUAGAAGAGUCUGACCAAGAAGUGGCCCUUGAUUCAACAGUUGGAACAUCAACUAUAGAAUCGUCUGCCGAAAUAAUCGACAAGCCUAUUCAAAAGUUUUACGACGAUGAAAGUGUAUUUUUGACUGGCGGAACUGGAUUCAUGGGAAAAUCAUUAAUCGAGAAAUUGUUAAGAGGAUGUCCUGGCAUCAGAUGCAUUUAUAUUUUAAUACGUUCGAAAAAAGGGAAAAAUGUUCUUGAACGCUUGGAUGAACUUAUGGAAGAAUCGCGUGCCUUAUUUAUUUUGAAAAAUGGGAAUAACUUGUGAGAGGUCGAACUUAAUAAAGAAAGUCUUUGUACGGAAUUGUUUAAUGUGAAGUUGUUUUCCAAGUUGAGGAAGGAAGAAACAAAAUUCCGAAAACGAAUAGUCGCAAUCAAGGGGGAUUGUAGCUUACCAAAUCUCGGUAUUUCCAAAAUUGAUAGAGCUACACUCAUACGCGAAGUAUCAAUU